UGCUUUUGCUGUCGGCGUUUAGUGAGAGUUUUCCGGAAUCUCAGGAAUUUGGGCUGUUCGUCUCCUCAACCUCCUGCGGUACCGAACUCAAGAUUUUCUGCGACUGAAAGGUCUGGUUCGAGCUCAAAAUGUCUCAAGCCGAUAAAAUGAAGCAGGGACAGUUUACAAACCCAGAGACUCCUGGGUAUGUGGGAUUUGCGAAUUUGCCAAAUCAAGUACAUCGGAAAUCAGUGAAAAAGGGCUUUGAGUUCACUCUCAUGGUGGUGGGUGAGUCUGGUUUGGGGAAGUCCACUCUGAUCAACAGUUUGUUCCUCACUGAUCUCUACCCAGAGAGGGUCAUUCCUGGUGCUGCAGAGAAGAUUGAGCGCACGGUGCAGAUCGAGGCUUCGACGGUGGAGAUCGAGGAGCGUGGAGUGAAGCUGCGUCUCACUGUGGUCGACACGCCUGGAUACGGUGAUGCCAUCAACAGCCAGGACUGUUUUAACACCAUUAUUGCCUACAUCGAUGACCAGUUUGAGCGCUACCUGCAUGAUGAGAGUGGACUCAACCGUAGGCACAUUGUGGACAACCGUGUGCACUGCUGCUUUUACUUCAUUUCCCCUCUGGGUCACGGGCUGAAGCCUCUAGAUGUCCAAUUCAUGAAGGCCAUUCACAACAAAGUGAAUGUCGUUCCUGUUAUUGCUAAAGCAGAUACGCUGACGCUGAGGGAGAGAGAGAGACUCAAGCGCAGAAUUCUGGAUGAAAUCGAUGAGCAUGGCAUCAAGAUCUAUCACCUCCCUGAUGCCGAGUCUGAUGAGGAUGAAGAUUUCAAAGAGCAGACCCGGAUUCUCAAGGCCAGCAUACCGUUCGCCGUGGUGGGAUCCAACCAGCAGAUUGAGGCUAAGGGGAAGAAAGUGAGAGGGCGUUUGUACCCAUGGGGUGUGGUGGAGGUAGAAAACCCAGAACACAACGACUUCCUCAAACUUCGCACCAUGCUAAUCACCCACAUGCAGGACCUGCAGGAAGUUACUCAGGACCUUCACUACGAGAACUUCCGCUCGGAGCGCCUCAAACGGGGCGGCAGGUUGUCCUCCCACGGUUAUAUUCUGCCUCUGUCGCCUGCGAAGGCUCCGGAGCCAGAGGAAAUGGACAAGGAUAUAAUCUUGCAGGAGAAGGAGGCUGAGCUGAGGCGAAUGCAGGAGAUGAUCGCUAGGAUGCAGGCGCAGAUGCAGAAACAGGGAGACGGAGAUGGUGACAGCCCACACGUGUGAGAAAAACGAUGCUGACCUGUCAUUCGAGCUUGACCCAGUCAGACAUGAAACGAGAAGAGGAAGUGUUGCUAAAUGUGGAAAAAGAGGAGAGACUGGUCCUUAGCUCAUCUUGCUUGCCAUUUUCUUAGUUUCUUUCGCUCUUGUAUGAUUUAAUAUUUUUUGUCAAGUUUUUUUGGCAUUUUAUUCAAAUGCUGUUGCUAAUAUUCAUUCAUUUUUUCCCCCUGUUCAAGUAAUCAAAAAUGAAGAACAACCAUCAGUAAUUAAGAAAACUUUUUCUGUUACAAAAGCCAAAUGCUGCUGGGAAGGAAUCUUCUACAGUAGAGCACCUUUAAUAGUAGUGUAGCUCCAUGACCACUCUAAGUCAUUUCUAUCUCAUCUAGCUAAAGAAACACUGUGAGAAUACAAGCAGCUGUUGAAUUUGAGUGUCACGGUGGCAGUUUUUGGAGAAACCAUUUUAUACUGUUCCUAAGUGUUGCCAGAGAGAUUGCUGUCCUCCUGAACAGGAGUUUUCUGUACUUAUCUCUUCCCUUCAUGAAGUCUUGAAAUAUGUGCUGCUCGGUUGAAUGGUCCCCAAACGGAUGCAA